AAAAAAGGCCCUACUUUAUCUACAUCAACAUCUAGUUUUGAAGCUUUAGACCCUCACGACCCUAAACUUAGUCGACUGGCAACAACUAUGUUUACCAAAGUAUCAGAUUAUUUGUAUGGUGAGCUGACUUCAACGCAAGAGGAAUACAAACUCCUAGAGACUAUGAACAAAGCCACCGUUACAAAAUACACUGACAUGAAACACAUUGCUGCUAAUAUCUCCAAAAACAUGACAGAACUAAAUGAGAAAUGUGAUAGUUUGCAGCCUUAUCUUGAGCAAAUUGACCAAAUAGAGGAUAGCAUAGCAAAAUUAGAACAGGCUGCAUAUAAGUUAGAUGCUUAUUCGAAAAGAUUGGAAGCAAAAUUUAAAAGUUUGGAGAAACGUUAAAAUUAUAAGACCUACUGUUUAAUUUAAUUAAUUCAUUUCAUUAUUAAUAUAUUAUUUGUACAAAUAUUUUGUUAUAAAGACAUUAAGUUCUUUUUAAUGUUGGUUAUAUGUAUAGCAAUAAAUAAUUUUAUAAAGUA